AUGGCGAUGACAUCAGCAGCUACGGGAUUUGUUAUGACGGCAAAUGUCACGGCGACUGUAGGCGGCGGUUCUCCGGCGUCUUCGAAGAUCGCCGCCGUGUCUUUCUUGCCGAUGAGAAGCUUCGGUUCGAGGCUAGUGGUCAGAGCGGCGGAUGAUGCUUCUCCGGAAACUACCUCGUCGGAGGGUUCUUCGACCACCGCCGCUGCUCCGGCAGAAGCUCCGGCCGCGAAGCCUAAACCUCCUCCGAUUGGCCCCAAGAGAGGAUCUAAGGUUAAGAUUCUACGGAAAGAAUCAUACUGGUACAAGAACGUUGGAUCAGUCGUGGCCGUUGAUCAGGACCCAAAGACCCGAUAUCCGGUUGUGGUCCGGUUCUCGAAGGUUAAUUACGCGAAUAUAUCGACCAACAACUACGCACUGGACGAGAUCGAAGAAGUCAAAUGA